UUGUUGAAGAAAAAUUAAAAGGUUGAAAGAGAUGUCAGUAGAAUUUGUGGGCUUUGUAGGGGUCUUAAUAGGCAGGAUAACUCCCUAAAUGUUCCCAUAACCACUUCUGUUCACAUUACACAGCCAGGGUAUUGUACCUUGUAUUCACUACAGUAUCUUCUAUCUAGGGCCCAUACUGUCCAGUGAAGAGGCUGUGCUGCUAGAUUUAAACAGAGUCUGAAGCUAUUGCUGUGAUUGAGCUUCCAUUUUCUGGCCUGAAAGACAUUCAGGGAAAGAGGAAGAGAUGGCAGCUUCUUGGGGUUCAGUGACCUAUGAAGAUGUAGCUGUGAUAUUCACUCAAGAGGAGUGGGCACUAUUGAAUCCUUCAGAGAAGAAACUCUACAGAGAUGUGAUGUGUGAAAACUUGAGGAACUUUCUUUCCAUAGGAAAAAUACAAGAACUUUCCACCAAAGAGCAGCAUUACUUGCACAGGAAUCAACAAAGUAAUACAGCAGUGAAAGUCUCUGAGGGCAAAAAAAGUCAGAGUGGUAGAAAAUCUCAAGUAUGUGAAAUACACAACAAAUUACUCACUUACUCUAUUCAUCUUGAAAAACAUGAAAGAAUUCACAGUGGAGAGAAACCCUAUGAAUGUGAACAGUGUAAUAAAACAUUCAGUCGUUCCAGUCAUCUUCGAGCACAUGAAAGAACUCACAGUGGAGAGAAACCCUAUGAAUGUAAACAAUGUAGUAAAACAUUCAGUUGUUCCAGUAAUCUUAAGAAACAUGAAAGAACUCACACUGGAGAGAAACCCUAUGAAUGUAAACAAUGUUGUAAAACAUUAAGUUGUUCCAGUAGUCUUCGGACACAUGAAAGAACUCACAGUGGAGAGAAACCGUAUGAAUGUAAAGAGUGUAGUAAAACAUUCAGUUGUUCCAGUAGUCUUAAGAAACAUGAAAGAACUCACAGUGGAGAGAAACCCUAUGAAUGUAAACUAUGUGGUAAAACAUUCAGGCAACCCAGUGAUCUUCAGAUACAUGAACGAAUUCACAGUGGAGAGAAACCCUAUGAAUGUAAACUAUGUAGUAAAACAUUCCGGAAAUCCAGUAGUCUUAAGAAACAUGAAAGAAUUCACACUGGAGAGAAACCCUAUGUAUGUAAACAAUGUAGUAAAACAUUCAUUUGUUCCAGUAGUCUUCGCUCACAUGAAAGAAUUCACACGGGAGAGAAACCCUAUGAAUGUAAACAAUGUAGUAAAACAUUCGUUUGUUCCAGUAGUCUUCGCUCACAUGAAAGAAUUCACACUGGAGAGAAACCCUAUGAAUGUAAACAAUGUAGUAAAACAUUUCGACAAUCCGGUCAUCUAUGGCAACAUGAACGAACUCACAAUGGAGAGAAACCCUAUAAAUGUAAACAGUGUAGUAAAACAUUCAGUUGUUCCAGUAGUCUUCGGACACAUGAAAGAAUUCACAGUGGAGAGAAACCCUAUGAAUGUAACCUAUGUAGUAAGACAUUCAGGCAAUCCAGAACUCUUCGGACACAUGAAAGAAUUCACAGCGGAAUCACAGCCUCAAACCUGUUCCCAGCACCUUAUCCUCAGCCUGUACCCUCCCGGCCGUGA